GCGUCUCUCUGAGCUGAUGCUGAUGCUGAUGCUGAUGUGAGAGAGGAGGGAACAGGGGGAAGAAACGGGGGAAAAAAGGAUGCUGGAGUUUUUUCUUAGCGGUCUGAACCCACAGGACGAGCACAGGACGGACUGUUGGAUCAUGUAACUCAAUCAGAGAUGUUCAUCAGCAUCGGUUACCAGGCAGCGUGAACUCCAGACCAUGACCCUUGACCCGCUCUGACCGCCGUUCACCCCUACAAUAUUCAAACACUCUUCUGAUGUGUUAAGCAAAUUUGCUGAACAGUUUGAUGGAGAGCUGGUCGGAUGACAGCUGGAACUGUUGUCAUAACCGGAGGAAUACUGGCCACAGUGAUACUUCUGUGUAUCAUCGCCGUGCUCUGCUACUGUCGACUCCAGUACUACUGCUGUAAGAAGAAUGGGUCUGACGACGGCUCCAUCUCCCAGCAACACUUCGCCUGCAACGCCUGCAGCGUGUCCGGCCUGGACGGCCCGAUCAUCACCCCGCUGUCCCUGUCCCCGCCGGAGCCGCCCAAGUCCUGCCACCCGGCCAAGCCCCCGGAGGGCCGACGCGGCUACUGCCCCGGCUGCUCGCCCCACGACUCGCCCUUCUACAUCCGCACGUCCGAUGAGAUGCGCAACGGCGGCGAGCGUGUGGCCUACAUGCCCACGCACUACGAGAACCGGGCGCUGGCCAUGCCGCUGCCCGCCGUCCGAGGCUCCCUGCUGAGGGACGCCCAGCGGGGCCGGCCUCCCGACUUCUACACCAACACCCGAGCCAUCAGCACCGAGGUGUGACCUCACGUUUCCACACACGGACACCCCCCCCCCUCCACUCGUACACACCAGCACCACCGAGGAAAUAACCCCGACCCUGUGGACGUGACCUCUUCACCUUUACUAAGGAUCUGAGGGAUUUAACGGAGAACUGCCUCAGCCAAACGUCUGAAGCGAUGAGAGAAGAUUCCUGACAUCAUACUAUUACAUUUUUAAUGUUCUUGUUCACACAAAUCAAAGUAAUUCAGUGAUUGAUGGUUUGAUAAACUUUAACUGUAAGAGAAUGCCUCUUUAUGCUCCUUUAUGCGCCUUUUGACUGUUAACUGUCUUUACAGACAGAACUAUCUUAGAUCAUUUAUGAUUAUUCUGUGCUUCAUAUAUCCCCAAUGAAAACUUUAUACUUGUGACGAUGAGCUGAAGAGUUACUGAGAAGUGAAGCGUAUCUUGCGGGACUUUGUGGAGCUGGAGCGAGGACUCCCGGAGCGGUUCUCUAUGCAAGCUGUCCAGCAAACUCCUGCAGCUCUUCAUCUCCAGCCGUCUGCUUUCAGAGGUAUUCCUCCUCCCAUCAGCUACGAACGUUCGGGGGGGAAUAUCACGACCUCUGCAAAGACAACCCUUGAAAGCAUUUAGAAAAACGUGGACAGAGAAGUUCAAGGUCUCUCAAACCUGUCCACAAGCGCCGACGUCUGAGCCCGUCAACGCCAAGGCUCUACACUUGACACAGAUGCAAAAAAAUAAAAUAAAUAGAUAAAGUUUUAACUGUAAAUAUCGAUUACAAAGCAAUCUUUCAAUCCCACUGCGUUCUUGACCCAUAAGGAUGCAUGCUGGGAUUUGAACAUUUUAAAUGAGGCAGUGUGAUUCACUGCUUUGUGCUAUUUUGUCUACACACUCUCUCUAUACUCCUGUAACUACUCUCAUGUUGAAUCUUUGAAACACGAAGGGAAAUGUAAUCUGUUAUUUUAUUUCAUUUAGUUAUUUUUCAUAUUGUCAGACAGUCAGCGUGCACAUUUAUGUGUUUGAAAACUGUCCCACUGUGCACAUUUUCUUACCCAGCUUUGCCGGCCAGUGAUAUUUACUGUAUUAUGUCUAUCUAUUUGAUUUUUUAGUUUUUAUUUACAGCGGGAUUUUAGAGUCGAAGCUUCAUAAACGAGAAACCUGCAGGACUUGCAGGGUGUGAAAAGGUUGGAGACAUUUGAGAAAUAUUCAACCAGGAGUUUUCAUUUCAGCAUUUAGCAACGACGCACUUUCCCAGCCUCCAUUCAGCCGUGCAUCAUUGCAGUGACUUUAACAACGGUUGCUUUUUUUCAUGUUUGUAUUAAUGUUUUUAAAUGAGUAAAUAGAUUUGAGUGUGCAUGGUCUGUCUUGUCUGUCCCGGUGAUAAACUGGCGACUCGUCCGGCGCCUGGCGAAGGAUGGAGCGAGUGUAGAAGACUGAUGGGAGAUUUAAAUGCAUCCUCAAUGAAAUGAGAUUAUGCUGUUCUUUAAAAAGGUAAAUAAACAAACCGAAAACUGGAAAAAUGAAAGUUCAUCACCAAAAGUCAUCAGCUUUCACGUGGGCAUAACAAUGUGAAGGACAACCGGUAUUUCUCCACGUUGUACUCCACUUAAACAGCUUUACUGUCAUUUAUUUAGGCGUUAUAUUAACUAUAUAUUUUACAACUUACUUAACCAGUUAGCUUUGAAAACAUAAAAAAUUAAGGUUUUUAAAA